AUGGAGCACCCCGUCCAACUGACCCAGAUGGACCCCAUGCCCAUCUGGUCCCCCGCAGCAUCCGACCACGGCGUCCGACGUGCUCGCUCGCCGCUCGUCCCCGCUGAGGUCGGCUUCAACCCGUCCGAGGGCAUCGCGCUGCGUCUGGGACCCGAGGGCCAUAUCACCGACCAUCCCGGCAGCGCGGUCGCGUACAACCCUCCGCCGCAGGUGUUUGCGCCGCCGCCGACUGGCCCUGCGUACAUGCAGGGGCACGACACGCGGGACCUCCACUCGCUGCAGCAAAGCGGCCAGCACAACUUUCGCGAGUACCUGGUGCUGCAGAAAGAGUACAGACGGUAUGGCGGCAACGCGGACCGUCUGCGGUACCAGACGGACCUGGUGCUGAGUGACCUGCUGGGCCUGCAGAUCCACGUGCGUGAUCUGGCGCGGGCCGCGCAAAACCACCGUUGGCGAAAGUGGCUCAUGGGCGGCAUCUUCGCAUCCUUUAUACCGCUCGUCCGACGCAUCUUUCGGCGCGGCAACGACCCCGACUCCAAGGCGGCCGCCAACGACACCGAGUACGCGUUUCAAAAAUCUCAAAAUAUCCUGGCCCGCGUCAAGAAUAGCGUCUUUGGCGUCGGGAAGCUCGCGUCGGUUGGCUUCUUUGUCUUUGCCGUCUUGUAUAUUUUCCAGAGCGAGGUGUCGCUGCGCGUGGCCAGGACGACGCAGAGGCGCCUAAAGCAGCUGGCGGACCGCAUCCACGAGGGCGACUACUCGCUCGGGGAGCGAGACGGUCGCGCGCUCGAGGGCUGGAGGUGGCGGAUUCUCCUCUGGUGA